CUUAUCCCAACUCCUUCGGAAACUUCAACAUCCUCCUCCCUCCAUGAAACCCCUCCCUUUGUAAAAUUCGAAAUCCCCAACAAUGGCGCUGCCUCACUCUCCUCACUCCCUCUCACCUCUCUCUUCCAACUCCCGCCGCCACGCCGUCCUGCUCCACCACCACCACCGCCACCACUUCCUCGCCGGAAAUGCCUCCCCCCUCCCGGAAGCCUCCCGCGUUUCCGCUCCCCGACGUCGGCGAGGUCAGCCUCUUGCGGCGUCUCUGGGAGGCUUAUUAGGCGGGAUUUUCAAAGGGACCGACACCGGCGAGUCCACCAGGCAGCAGUACGCUCAGACUUUGGCGCCCGUCAAUGGCCUGGAAGCUCAGAUUUCCAAGCUUUCCGAUUCCGAGCUCAGGGAGAAGACACUUCAGUUUCAGGGGCGCGUGAAGCAGGGCGAGUCCUUGGACUCUCUUUUACCCGAAGCAUUUGCCGUGAUUCGUGAGGCUUCGAGGAGAGUUUUAGGCCUUCGUCCCUUUGAUGUCCAACUCAUAGGUGGCAUGGUUCUGCACAAGGGGGAAAUAGCUGAGAUGAGGACUGGAGAGGGAAAGACACUUGUUGCUAUCUUACCAGCUUAUUUGAAUGCGCUAACCGGAAAGGGAGUUCAUGUUGUCACUGUUAAUGAUUAUCUGGCCCGACGUGAUUGUGAAUGGGUUGGUCAGGUUCCCCGUUUCCUUGGAUUGAAGGUUGGCCUAAUCCAACAGAAUAUGACAAGCGAACAAAGAAGGGAGAAUUACUUAUGUGACAUCACAUACGUUACAAACAGUGAGCUCGGUUUUGAUUACCUGAGAGAUAAUCUGGCCACGAGUGUUGAGGAGCUUGUCUUGAGGAAUUUCAACUACUGUGUAAUUGAUGAGGUUGAUUCCAUCCUUAUUGAUGAAGCAAGAACACCUCUUAUUAUAUCAGGACCUGCAGAAAAACCCAGUGAUAGGUACUAUAAAGCUGCAAAGAUGGCUUCAGUGUUUGAGAGAGAUAUACAUUACACUGUGGAUGAAAAGCAGAAAACAGUUCUGCUCUCAGAACAAGGAUAUGAAGAUGCUGAAGAGAUUCUAGGUGUCAAAGAUCUGUAUGAUCCCCGUGAACAGUGGGCAUCUUAUGUUCUGAAUGCGGUGAAAGCAAAAGAACUGUUUCUUAGAGAUGUAAACUAUAUUAUUCGUGGAAAAGAGGUUCUUAUCGUUGAUGAGUUUACAGGACGAGUUAUGCAGGGGAGGCGGUGGAGUGAUGGACUUCACCAAGCAGUUGAAGCAAAAGAAGGUCUGCCGAUUCAAAAUGAAACUGUAACUCUGGCAUCUAUUAGUUACCAAAACUUCUUUCUCCAGUUUCCAAAACUUUGUGGAAUGACUGGAACUGCGGCAACUGAAAGCACAGAAUUUGAAAGCAUAUACAAGCUUAAAGUUACAAUUGUCCCCACGAACAAGCCCAUGACAAGAAAGGAUGAGUCUGAUGUAGUUUUCAGGGCAACUACAGGAAAAUGGCAGGCAGUUGUAGUAGAAAUUUCUAGAAUGCACAAAACAGGUCGCCCUGUACUUGUUGGCACAACUAGCGUUGAGCAGAGUGAUUCAUUGUCUGAGCAGUUGCAAGAAGUUGGUAUUCCCCAUGAGGUUCUCAACGCAAAACCAGAAAAUGUGGAGAGGGAAGCAGAAAUUGUGGCACAAAGCGGUCGUCUAGGAGCAGUUACCAUUGCAACCAAUAUGGCAGGCCGAGGAACAGACAUAAUUCUUGGUGGAAAUGCAGAAUUUAUGGCGAGGUUGAAGCUACGUGAGAUGCUUAUGCCCAGAGUUGUAAAGCUAACUGAAGGAGGUUACGUCUCCGUGAAAAAACUUCCGCCGAGGAAGUCCUGGAAGGUAAAUGAACAACUAUUUCCAUGCAAACUCUCCAAUGAGACGACCAAGUUAGCUGAGGAAGCUGUAAACUUAGCUGUUGAAACUUGGGGUCAGAGAUCAUUGACGGAGCUUGAAGCCGAGGAGCGUCUUUCUUAUUCUUGCGAAAAGGGACCUGCUUUGGAUGAAGUGAUAGCCAAACUGCGAAGUGCCUUUUCAGAAAUCAUGAAAGAGUACAAGGGCUACACAGAGGAAGAAAGGAAGAAGGUUGUGUCAGCUGGUAUGCUUAUAUAUUGCUAUCUUUUGAAUGAUUUGACGCCGGAUGUGCUGACGAGUGAAUGUUCAAGUUACGAAGAUUUGCAGGACUACCUCCGUCGUCGAGGUCAUGAGGCAUAUUUGCAGAAACGGACUAUUAUUGAGAGCCAGGCACCAGGCUUGAUGAAGGACGCUGAACGGUUCUUAGUUUUGAACAAAUUGUGGAAGGAGCACUUACAAGCACUCAAGUUCGUUCAGCAAGCUGUAGGUUUGCGUGGGUACGCACAACGGGAUCCACUUAUUGAAUAUAAGCUUGAAGGCUACAAUCUUUUCUUAGACAUGAUGGCACAGAUAAGAAGAAAUGUUAUAUAUUCCAUAUACCAGUUUCAACCUGUGAUGGUAAAGAAGGAUGGUGACCAAAGAGAGGAUAAGAAAUCCGGAAAAAAGGUCACUAAUGGUAACCCAAAUUCUGUUGGCAGUGUGGUGGACUCUUCUUCACCCCCUGCCACCCCCCAGUCUAGUGCAUAAAUCCUA